AUGAUCGCGACAACAAAUUCACCAGAACGCGGAACGCAGACGAUAACUUAUCAAAAACUGUUAUGCUCACCCACUUUUGCUAGUGGGUUAAAGCAAAUCCCAAUUUAUUUCUGUGCAGCUAACAUUCUCAUCUCCCUCGCAGUAUUCAUUGGGAAUUUCCUUAUCCUUGUUGCCCUAAACGAGGAAGGUUCCCUUCAUCCACCUUCCAAACACUUGUAUCGUUGUCUGGCCGCAGCUGAUCUGUUAGUUGGUCUUGUUACUCAGCCUUUCUUUGCUGUUUAUCACAUGUCCUUAGUUUACGGACAUUGGAGUCUUUGUCGAUGUUCAAUCGACGUAGUCUACAUCACAAGCUAUACAUUAUGUGGAGUAUCAUUGUUAACGUUGACGGCCAUUAGCGUGGACAGACUUCUCGCCCUGUUGUUGGGAAUGAGAUACAGACAAAUCGUAACUUUGAAACGCACGUACAUCAUUACAGCCAUCCUUUGGAUUAUAUCCGGUGUUGCUGCUGCAUUUUACCCUUUAAAUCUUCAAAUAACCCGUUUGUAUGGUAUUAUAAUUGCAAGAAAAACUCAUUCUUCACAUAUAAUAAUCGUUGAUGGAAUAACGUCGCUUGCAGUGUACUUAAACUCAGCCUUGAACCCGUUUAUUUACUGCUGGAAGAUAAGAGAAGUGAGACAAGCAGUAAAGAAGACAAUCAGAAGAGCACUUUGUUGUACAUGGACUUAG